GAAGAAGCAGAAUAAAUUUGUGUACGUGUGUGUUUUGAUAGCUAAGCUAGCUACGUGGUGAUUGUGCGUGCCACCAAAUUCGAAAUCCUCGCAAACAACACUAGCGCUUCCACAUAAAUGCAUCUACCAGACUUUGCAAUAGCAGCCUUGCUGCUUACCCUCGUUGGGUAUAGCAGUGCACAGCGUGUGGCACCCGGUGUAAAUCCCCAGCAUUAUCAACAGGCGCCCCAGCAAGUGCCACAACACCACCAACAGCACCCGCCACCACAAUAUCAGGGACACGGAGCGCCCGGCGUACCGCCGCAGCAAUAUCAAGUGCCCGUUCAGCAGCAGCCACAACAUGUGCAAUAUCAGCAGGUGCCUGUGCAGCAGCAGCCGCAACAACAACAGCAGAUUCAUCAACAGCAACAGCAUAUGCAGCAACCUGUACAACAUCAGCCACAACAGGUGCCGCAACAUCAACAGCAGCAUGCCGGCGGUCAUCAUCAUGGACAGCCACAGCAGGUUUUGAACACGGGUAACAUUCAACAAGAGCGUGCUCAUAUCCAAGAGCACAUGCAGGUGCCCAUCGAUACGAGCAAAAUGUCCGAGGCUGAGCUACAGUUCCACUAUUUUAAAAUGCAUGAUUCCGACAAUAACAACAAACUAGAUGGAUGUGAGCUCAUCAAAUCUUUAAUUCACUGGCACGAGCAAGGCAGCAAAGAACAACCCAACGGUGAGAAGCCCCACGUAGAGGAGAAAGUAUUCUCAGACGAAGAGCUAGUGGCUCUUAUUGAUCCUAUUCUUCAAAUGGAUGACACAUCACGUGACGGCUUCAUCGAUUAUCCAGAGUUUAUUAAGGCCCAACAGAAGGCUGCCGAGAAGCAUCAGCAGCAGCAACAACAGCAGCCGGCACAACAGCAGCCAACUCAUUAGUAUAUAGAAUACUUGAUUCAGUUUGCAUUACCUAACACAACACAGUUAUGUCUCCAUCAGUAUCUUGGUCCGAAUCAUGGCACACAUUGUUACAA